CACUUGCUUUUCGAAAUAAAGUUGCCGUGAUUGUGCAAAUUCAUUGUGAGUUAUCGGAAUUGUAGAGUGUGAAGUAUCCACAUAAUAAUCCAGGUUUGCGUCACGACAGGUUGUAGUGCCGGUGGUCAGGGAAAACAUGCGAGUGAGUGAUGGGGGCUUAUAGCUGGGAAUUACUAUAUCUCUUCUGCGAAAAUGAUAACCAAUUCAUGCCCUUAAAUACGCCGUCUGCUUGGCCUUCAACGAGCAUUGUCUCAUACCAAAUCUACCCUCACAAAGCACAAAACUCAUGAACAUUCAAACUAUUCUUGCAGGGUGAACGAAUAAUUGUCUGAAAUGAGUCGCAAUCAAUCGAGUUCAAGUUCAAGAUCAUCGUUGCUAUUCAUUUCCCUUUUGAUAAUUAUAACAUGUCUUCAAAGCACCGUACAUGCCAAAGUAGUGAAACACGUAUUUAUAGUCGACUACGUCGAAGGAUCGCCGGAUGGGGUUUACCGGGACAAAAUUUUAGCCAUAAAUGGACAAUUUCCAGGACCUACGAUAGAAGCUGAUUUGGGAGACACUUUGCAAGUUGAUUUAGUGAACUUGAUCCAAGACGGGCAGAAUACGUCGAUCCAUUGGCACGGGAUUCACCAGAAAGGGUCCCCAUGUGAAGAUGGGGCCAGUCAAAUCAGUCAGUGUCCCCUCAGAAAUGGAUUCGUGCAGAGAUAUCAGUUCACGCUGCACCAGGCUGGAACAUAUUGGUACCACUCCCAUGUGAACAGUCAGUACACGGAUGGUUUGUGGGGUGCACUGAUUGUUCACAAUAGGCCCGAAGUAUAUGACUAUGACGGUGAGAUUGUGAUCACUCUGAAUGACUGGUACCAUCGGACGGCUCGAGAGAAUGAGCACUGGCAUCUCACCCCCGCCGCGAGAGGUGUGCCUCCAUACCCAGACUCAGGCAUGAUCAACGGUCUAGGUCGCUACCCUUGCGACCUUGCUGUUCUUCAAAAUAGGACAUGCGACACGACGCUUCAAAGUCGAAAGGUGUUCAAUACUCAUCGAAACCAGACGUACCGAGUUCGCGUCAUCAACGUGAGUGCCUACACCGCCUUUAACUUCUCGAUCGAUGGUCACGUUCUGGAGACGGUGGAGGUGGACGGGAUUGACUCGGCGAGGCGUGUACCUGUGGAUUACGCCGUCCUCGCCGCCGCCCAACGGUACUCGUUCCUCAUUCGAACGAACGGGUCCCUUAACCGCUACCUGAUCAGGGCCGACCUUCGCAUCGAGUCUCUUCUCCUCAUCGAAGGCGUCAACAUUAACAAAUUCCCAGAAGCGUUGAUGGGAGACGUUACGGCUGUGUUGCAAUACGUGGAUGACGACAUUCCGGCGGAAACAGAACAAGUAGAGCCGUUCUCCUUUCAAGAGCAAGUACCUCUCAAAAAUCUGUCGAGUUUAAUUUGCCUGGAUGAAAUGGAGCUGUCUCCGUUCGACGGGCUGCCUGCGCCUCCAUAUUUCGACAAGGAGUUUAUUUUAGAAGCAGGGUUUUACGAGGAUGAGCAUGACGUACGACGGGGUCAGUUUAAUAUGACGCCAUUCAAACUACCGGACCACAAACCUUUGCUAGUUCAACUUAUUGACGGAGAUAAACUCGCUCCUUCCGUUUUUGCAUUGGAUGUCGGAUACAUGGACGUCGUUCAGGUCGUGAUAAAUAAUCCAUUUUUCGGACCACACCCUUUCCACCUUCACGGGGCAUCGUUUUGGGUGCUGGGAAUGGGAGGCUGGUACGAUGGGAAUUAUGAUCCAGCGAGGCACAAUGAGACCCUCUCCCUCACCGGGGUCAAACGAGACACGGUUUUAGUGCAGGAACAGUCUUGGGCCGUGAUAAGGUUUGUGGCUGAUAACCCCGGAGUCUGGACUUUUCACUGUCACAUAGAUUGGCACAACCUAUCCGGAAUGGCCAUGACCUUUGUGGUUGGGAGGGACCAGAUCUCAAGGGCAGUUAGAUUCACGGAGGAAGGCAGACGAGUAUGUGCACAUCACAAGCUCGAAGACCUCAUCGACAAAGGGGACCAGCCAGACACGAGUGAUGCCACCAACAAUAGUUCUCAUACGACUCUUGUUCUCCUUGCUCUUAUCAGCAUCGUUUUAUACCUCUGACCAUAUUACUAAAUAAACACGUUUUUCGAAUAUG